ACAAAAUGCUGUUCAGAUUCGGUGUUAUUCUGACUCCGGAGUGUGCAGACAUUGAGGUGUUUGUGUCGGGUUCCCGUCCAGAAAUGGGCCAUUGGGACCUAAACAGAGCCGUUCAGAUGAAGGCGACACAGGCUGUGCCGUCAAAACACGAGCCUUGUCUGUGGAUCGGCGACGUGCAGCUCGCAGAGCCGUGCGAAGACAGUUUGUGGUUCAAGUUCGUCAAACGAGUCCGGGGCAAUUGCAUAUGGGAAGGCAGUAGUCCUCAUCAUGACAGAUGUUGCAUUUACGAUAAGAACAACAAGGUGGAUGGAGUGUACUGCAACCCAAUCGGUCACUGGAUAGAGGAGACUGGCCACACAGAUGAGAUGAAACACACAACCGAUUUUUACUUUGGUGUGGCUGGUCAAAAAGCCAUGCAUUUCUCCAGGGUGCUGCCACGUGUGUGGCUGGGCAGCUGCCCUCGCCAGGUGGAACAUGUUACCCUUAAGUUAAAGGAGGAGCUGGGCGUCACUGCGGUGAUGAACUUCCAGACAGAACCGGACUUGGUGAAUAACUCCUACGGCUGCAGGCGAAACCUUGACGAGGCCAUGACCCCAGAGACCAUGAUGUAUUUGUACAGGGACUGUGGCUUGGCAUAUCUGUGGUUACCCACAGCAGAUAUGAGCACUGAGGGUCGGAUCAGGAUGCUUCCCCAGGCGGUGUUCCUGCUCCACGGUCUCCUCCAGAAUGGUCACACCGUCUACGUCCACUGUAACGCCGGAGUGGGCAGGUCAACUGCAGCUGUGUGCGGUCUACUCAUGUACGUCCUCGGCUGGAGCCUGAGGAAGGUACAGUACUUUGUCACAGCGAGGAGGCCAGCGGUGUACAUAGACGAGGAGGCUUUGGUCCAGGCCCAUGCUGACUUCAACCGGAAGUUUGGACAGCCACGAUCAUCCGUCUCUUACCCAGAGAUGUGAGAGUUGAAGUCUCCGUGCAGCGUUAAAGAAUCAACGAAGCCUUAACAUGUGAUGACAAUGCUCCAUUGGAGACAACUGGAAUGUUAAAAAGUAAACCUAGAUAUUUCGUAAGUUUUAAGGUAAAAUGUAAGGAAGAGAAAGCUUGUGUAUAGUCAGCAUGGUGUCAGUGGAGGUUGCCAGAAGGCAGAGCUGUAGACUUGAGACUUGGACUAGAGUCGGACUCGAGUCAUGAAAAUCAGGACUUGUGACUUGACUUGGACUCGUCUGCUGUGAGACUCAACUCACUUGCGACUUGACUGCUUUGAGACUUGACU